AUGGCAUUUAAAGAAUAUUUAAUUUUUCCCAUUAUCUUUCUACUUCUGUCUUAUUUUAAGUUAGGAUUAUCCUUUGAACAGAAUAUAUCACAUCAUGAAAAUCCAAAAUUGACAGAUUUUUCUUACUCCUUUACUAAUUCUGAAAUACUAAAGAAACGUAAUGAAGUAAAAGAUUUGAUCACUUUCGCAUUGGAUAGUUACUUGGAUUACGGUUGGCCAUUUGAUGAAGUUAAACCCAUCUCAUGCAUUCCAAAUCAGAGAAAUUGGGAUGAUUCUACAGAUAUCAAUAAAAACGAUGUUUUAGGGAAUUUUACCAUAACAUUAUUUGACUCCCUAACCACUCUGGCAGUUAUUGGUGAUGUAGAUAGAUUUAAAUCAAUGGUUCAAUUAAUUAAUUCUAUAUACAGACCCCAUGACUACUCUUUUGAUAGUGAUGUGACAAUUCAGAUUUUUGAAACUACAAUACGGAUAAUUGGGUCUUUAAUUUCUGCUCAUCUGUAUGCCAGUGAUCCAAGAAAAAAAGUAUAUUUAGGAAGUGAAUACUUGAAUAAUCCUUUCCUUUUAACUUUAGCAAGGAAUAUGGCAGAUAAGCUAUUACCAGCUUACUUAACAGAAACUGGACUACCGUAUCCAAGAAUCAAUUUAAAAAAUGGAAUUAAAGGAAUACCUGAGGAAUAUCUAGACGAAAAUAAUAUUGCAGGAAUGGCAUCGCCAAUGUUUGAAUUUACUUUAUUAUCGUAUCUUACCUAUGAUUCAAAAUAUGAAUUAGUCACACGGUAUGCAUACACAAAACUUUGGGCCACGAGAACCAAUUUAGAUUUAUUGAUUUCCUCGAUAAAUCCUCAAGAUGGACUUAUUCGCAGUAUGAUAACAGGAAUUGGUGCGUCAAUUGAUUCAUUUUAUGAAUAUGCUUUAAAGGGAAGCAUCCUUUUUGACGAUCCUGAAUUAUAUCAAAUAUGGCAACAAUCUUAUAACGCACUAAAACUCUACUCACGCAAUGAUUGGUUCUAUUCAAAUAUCAUGGUUGAUACAGGAUUUCUAGCUAAUGGUUGGAUUGAUUCCUUAAGUGCAUUUUGGCCUGGUUUACUGGUAUUAGAUGGUGAUAUAGAAGAUUCAGUACGAAAACAUUUGUUAUUUAAUAAACUUUGGAAUGUGUUUGGUGCUAUCCCAGAAAGAUGGGCUUUCAAUCCUACUCCCGAUCAAGUUAUUAAACAUGAAAAAAAGAUACCAUAUAAGAGCUAUGAAGAGUAUGUAUAUGGAUGGAAAUCAAUUAUACCUUUAGAAUGGUAUCCGUUAAGACCAGAAUUUGUUGAAUCCACCUAUUUUUUAUAUAAAGCUACAAAAGAUCCAUUUUACUUAAAUAUUGGUUAUCAAAUAUUAGAUGACCUACAAAAUAAAUUUAAAGCAAAUUGUGGCUUUGCUGGUAUUCAAAAUAUUGAAACUGGUGAGAAACAAGAUAGAAUGGAAACUUUUGUAAUUAGUGAAACAUUAAAAUAUUUGUAUCUUUUAUUUGAUGAAUCCAAUGAAAUUCAUAGCAGUAGAGAUAAUGUCAUUUUUAGCACCGAAGCACACCCUGUAUGGUUGACAAAAAAAAUGAAACAAUUAUAUAAUAAGAACAAAUAUUUUAAUGACACUCUGUAUAUUAAUCAUUUGAGACACUGCCAUGAAUAUGAUAGACAAGUGAAAAAUAUUGACACUGGAAAAUUUGAAUUUCUGUAUCUAAGAUUUAAAUCAGAAAAGUAUAUGAAAUCAGAUACUUUUUAUAUUCAAGGAACCUGUAAAAAUAUUGAAAAAUACUGGCAGAACACUAAGAGAUCGUUACCAUAUUCUUUUAUCCUUAGUAGGACACCUGACCUUUUUGAAGUAGAAACUAGGUACAAGAUUUCCUUCCCAAAUUCAUGGAAUUAUUCAAAAUCAAUCGAAUUGAAUCCAUCAUUUUAUUAUCAAUGGUCUGAUCCAAUUUAUAGCAAGUCAAGAAGAACCCCGACUACAGAAAGUUUUGAGAUAUUAUUAUCAUUUGAUAAUAACUAUACUCCACCCAUAAUUAACAAGAAUCAUUAUAACAAAAUUUUCAACUUUAGUUUUACCUCUGGUAUAAAAAAGUUUAGACUGGAAAAAAUAGUGCCUGGACAAAUUGACACAUAUAAUAAUGUGUUAGAUACAGAUUUUAUAACUAAGACAGACCAUUUUAACGUACCUGAUGAAAAAUUCUGCGGCAAAAGAAGAAGUGGAGAUAAUGGGAAGAAAUCUUUAAGUAUGGUAUACAGAGCUAGUGUUGUAGAUGGACUAAGAUUAGAAGAAAAUGAUAUAAUAAUAUUGAAUGGUACUAAGAUUAAAUCACAGAUUGAUCAGCAGCGUUCCUCUUUCUCCUCCUUUUUUCAGAGAAGAAAAUCUGAAAUAGAUCAAUUUCAACUGGGCUAUAAUCGUGAUAACCAAUUGAUUCUGGGUUGUGUUCCUGUAGUCAAUGUUUAUUUAAUAUAA